AUGUCGCAUCGUAUUAUCGAAAAACGUCGUCGCGAUCGUAUGAACAAUUGCUUGGCCGAUUUGUCCCGACUGAUUCCGACCGACUAUUUGAAAAAGGGCCGCGGUCGCAUCGAAAAGACCGAAAUCAUCGAGAUGGCCAUCAAACACAUGAAACAUUUGCAACAAAUGCAAGACGGCGCAGGCGGGAGCAACCCCAUGGAUCAUUAUAGCCCGCCGCCCACUGCGGCUUUUCCCGCCAGUUCGCCCACCAGCAGCGUCAUCGAACCGGGUCCCACGUUGCCAGCUCAAGUACCCAGAUCAUUGAUAAAGAACGGCAAUCUUCAAAAUGCACCGAAGCUCGGCAACGUUGCCGAGCUUACGUUGCCGAAAGCCGAGCCGGAGAACAGCAACAGUUGCGAUUCGCAUCCGAACGCGUUCGUUUUCAAGGCGUCAGCGGACGAAUUCAGCAACACCGUCGGCAGUUUUUCGCCGGACAAAUCGGAGGACUACGGCAACACCGGAAGCUUGUACAAGUUCAAAAACAGCAUCAAGAUGCGGUUCAGUCAGGAUUUGAGUGCGCAUGAGGUGCCCAAAAGGCAAAAGUUGGACGAGAGGAGGAGGAGGGGAUCGGUGACUAGCUGUUUCGAGAAUCAGAGUUCUAAUCAAAGUUCGCCGCCGAGCAGUGCCGAACCGCCGCCGUGUCACAAUCGUGUCUCCGACCUCAACCAUCCACACCACCAGACCCCAACGCCGCCCCCGGAAGACACGCCGCCUCUGAUCAAGCCUUUGCACGACGGCAACGUUGCCGCUAUCACCAAAAACAAUUACAUCCAACAAGACGUGAACUUUAACGUGCCGAUAUUCGUUUUGCACACAAAGGGCGCCUACUAUUUACCGUUAACGAUAGACUACAAGACGCUGAAGCCCUAUUUACGCGGCUACGACAUAUUAGAGGGCGGUAGUAAUAACGUUAUUUUACAUCCGGUUACGUUAAGUGUUAAUUUUUUAAUUAGUAAUCAUAACAAUAAUAAUAAUUAUCAUAAUAGCUAUUAGAAAUGUUUUGUGAGGCUAAAUUAAAAAAAAAAAAGAGGUUUUUCGAGUGCUAAAAAAAAAUGGCUGUGACGCAUCAGGUCAGGGGAAUAAAAUGUUCUUUACAAGACUGACAUUUGUAUAUAAAACAUAGAAAUUAUAUAAAUUUUGUAUUACACCAAUCUGUGUAAUAAUUUUGUUAACAAAAUGUCAAAUCAAUCAAAAUGAAGGAAAAAAUCCUCGUCAUAUGUAUAGUUUUCAAAGUCAACCGAUGGAAGUUAUGUGAAUGCCUAAAAUAAAUUAAAUGUUGUUGAAAAGGUGUUUUUUUUUUAAUACUCUAACCGAAUUUGAAAUUACAGUGUUGCCAACAAAACAUGAAAAUAUUGAUAAAUAAAAAUUUAUUAAACCCUAUAAUAUGUACAAAAUCAACACAAAACAACUACAAUUCAGUAUCGUCCCUAACUGACUUUUUAUUCUUCCUAUUCCGUUUGUGCUUAAUAUUCGACAAGAUUUCGUAGGCCUGCUGAAUUUCCAUGAAUCGUUCUUGGGCUUCGCGCAGCCUGUUGGCGUCCUUGCACUUGUCCGGAUGAUUCUCGCGGCUCAGCUUACGCCACCUGGCGGUGAUUUCUUGUUGGCUCGAUGUCGGACCGACUCCCAGUAUCUUGUAGGCGUUCUGUUCGCCUUGCGGAUCCGACAGAUCUAUCAGUUGUUUCC